UGCCUCGAGCCACAAGCAGCGCAGUCAUGGUGAUACGCAGUCUUCUUCUUCUGCUGCUGGCGGCCAUUGUGCCCGUCUUUGCUGAAAGCGGCAUCGACGCCUGGUUGCGAUAUGCUCGUCUUCCAUCAUCUGCGACAAGAGGGCAUCUCACGUCCUUUCCGGACCGCAUCGUCGUCCUCAACGCCUCCAAGAACGGGCCUCUGGCGAGCGCUUCGUCAGAGCUCCACAAGGGCAUCAAGGGCAUUCUGGGUCUAGAUCUGGAUGUAAGCUCCAGGGGAGGGAAGCAUUGUUCGACCCAGAAGAGCAUCGUCAUUUCUACUCUAGACACGUACCAGUCUGCCUGUGGCAAGCUCUCUCCGAAACUGAACCUCAAGGAAGACGGAUACUGGCUGAGCACCAAGGGCGGGUCGGUCCAGAUCAUUGGCCAGAACGAACGAGGCGCUCUCUACGGCGCCUUUCAAUAUCUGUCUUACCUCGGCCAGGGCGACUUUUCAGGAAAGGCGUUUGCGUCGAACCCAAGCGCGCCUGUUCGAUGGUCCAACCAGUGGGACAACCUCAAUGCGGCGACUGCGGCCCACGGAAGCAUUGAAAGGGGCUAUGGAGGGCCGUCCAUCUUCUUCGAGAAUGGACUCAUCAAGGAGGACCUCUCGCGAGUUCCCCUCUAUGGCCGUCUGCUGGCUUCGGUGGGCCUCAACGGCAUCGUCAUCAACAACGUUAAUGCCGAUGCCAAUCUCCUCAACGAGACAAAUCUCCAAGGCCUCAAGAGAAUUGCCGAUCUGUUCCGGCCGUGGGGCGUCAACGUCGGCAUCUCGCUCAACUUUGCCUCGCCGCAGGUUCUCGGAGAUCUGUCCACGUUUGAUCCCCUUGACGACUCCGUUAUCAAGUGGUGGACGGACAAGACGGAUAGGAUCUACCAGCUCGUGCCUGAUCUCGCCGGCUACCUGGUCAAGGCCAAUUCCGAGGGCCAGCCCGGGCCCCUGACGUACAACCGCACGCUGGCAGAGGGGGCCAACCUUUUUGCAAAGGCCGUGCAGCCUCACGGCGGCAUAGUCGUCUUCCGGGCGUUUGUCUACGACCAGCUCAACGAGACGGACUGGAAGGCUGACCGAGCGAAUGCCGCCGUCGACUUCUUCAAGAGUCUGGACGGCCAGUUUGACGACAACGUCCUCGUCCAGAUCAAGUACGGCCCCAUUGACUUCCAGGUCCGAGAGCCUGCGUCUCCCCUAUUUGCCAACUUGCCCAAGACGGCCGUGUCCAUCGAGCUGGAAGUCACACAGGAGUAUCUCGGCCAGCAGUCGCACCUGGUCUAUCUGCCGCCGCUGUGGCAGACGGUACUGGGCUUCGACAUGCGCUACAACAACCGCCAGUCGUAUGUUCGUGAUAUUAUCUCCGGUGAGGUGUUUGGCCACAAGCUCGGCGGAUACGCUGGAGUCAUCAAUGUCGGCAUGGACGAUACGUGGCUAGGCAGUCACCUCGCCAUGUCCAACAUGUUUGCGUAUGGACGACUUGCCUGGAACCCCCGAGCAGACUCCCGAGACAUUGUCGAGGAGUGGACGCGUCUGACGUUUGGACUGGAUCGAGACGUCGUUUCGACCAUUGCCGACAUGUCUCUCAAGUCAUGGCCUGCGUAUGAAGGAUACAGCGGCAACCUCGGCAUCCAGACCCUGACCGACAUCCUCUACACUCACUACGGUGCCAAUCCCGCCUCUCAGGACAACAACGGCUGGGGCCAGUGGACUCGUGCCGACAGCAAGACCAUUGGCAUGGAUCGCACUGUUUCGAACGGCACAGGCAAUGCCGGGCAGUAUCCCAAGGAAGUUGCCGCCAGGUUUGAGCAUACUCAAACCACCCCUGACGACUUGAUGCUGUGGUUCCAUCACGUUCCGUAUACCUUUAGGCUGCACUCUGGCAAGUCCGUCAUCCAACAUUUCUACGACGCUCACUAUACCGGUGCUGCGACGGUGCAAAGGUUCCCGGCGGCGUGGAAGUCGCUCAAAAGCAAGAUUGACACCGAGAGAUACAACGCCGUGUUGUACAAGCUGCAGUACCAGACUGGCCACUCGCUCGUUUGGCGUGAUGCCAUUACCGAGUUUUAUCGAAACCUGUCGAGCAUUCCGGACCAGCUCAACCGCGUCCGGAACCAUCCGCAUCGGAUCGAAGCCGAAGACAUGGACCUCUCGGGCUUCACGGUCGUCAAUGUCUCUCCUACCGAGUGCGCGUCCAAGUACAAGGCGAUUGCGACCAACGGUACAGGCACGGCCACGACGAGGCUGAACGUCCCGAGCGGAAAGUAUACGGUUGCUGUCAAUUACUACGACGUGAUCAAUGGGACCGCCAGCUACGAUGUGCUGCUGAAUGGCAAGUCGCUCGGCAAGUGGAAGGGCGACUCGGAAACUCAUCUUGGGCACGACUUCAGCACGUUUCUAGACUGCCAUUCGGCGAUCCGUAUCACGUUUGAGGGGGUAAGGAUCUCGAGAGGAGAUAAGCUGACCAUCAGGGGGACGGGCAAUGCUCAGGAGCAGGCGGCGAUAGACUAUGUGUCUAUCCUACCUCAGGGGGUGGUGGAUUAGUUGUAUAUCGGAAAAUUUGCUUUUGAACAUGGAGGGCAAAUCUUAAGAAAUUGCAACUAUAAUUACUUUCUC